AGAAUGUCAAAGUUUGCUGCACAUCUUUCAAUUUUUGUUCAUCGAUUAAUUUCCAAAAAUAAAUAUUUUACUUUAAUUUUGAAUGACAAUGGCAAAACAGCAAGGCAAAGUGUAUUUGGGAUACGAAGACGAACCCAUCGGAGAAAAGUUUCAGACGCUAUUAUCUUACACAGUGAAUAAAAUUGGGGGAUUGCCUGAUUGGCCUCCCUUGGAAAAUGUGCAAUUCUCUUCGAAGUGUCCCCUCUGCGGGCUACAUAGGCUGCUCGUUGUGCAAUGCUAUGCUCCUCUUGAAAAUUCAACCUAUCAUCGCACUUUGUAUGUUUUCGCGUGUAUCAAUCCAAACUGUUGGACGCAAUCUGAGAGCUGGCUAUGCCUCCGAAGUCAAAUUCUAGAUAGUGCAACGAGUCAGCCAAGUACUAUAGUUGCUAUGCCAAAAUCUGAGAGUAACCUUACUUGGUGCAACGGUGCUGAUGAGUGGGAUGAAAAUGAUAACGGAGAUAGCGCUAACGGAAAUGUAAUGAAUGUUGACAACGCCCCUAGUCCUAACAAUGCUAUGCAAAGAAAUUCAGAUGAAGACGAAGAAAGCAAUUCCAUAGAAUUGGAGACUGUGGAACAAGCACUCGGAAACUUGCAAGUAUUUGAUGCUCACAAUGCUAACAUGUCUCCAGUGCAAGGAGCCAUUGGGGCUAUUGGUGCUCCAGUAGCAGCGGCAGAGUUGGAAGGCGGGGAUGAACCAGGGCUGGUGACGGUGGACACACCUUUGGCACCUACUAGUGAUAUGGAGACCUUACUUCACCAAACAGCUGAAUUGCCACCCGACUUACGAAGUCGACUAAUGCUAGGACCUUUACAAUUUGUGCCAAAGUAUAUUUAUGUUGAAGAGGAAUGGAGAAAACCACACAACUAUGAAGACAAAGUGACGGAACUUCUUAACAAAUAUCAAAGAGAAAAUGAAGAAAUAGAAGCAUGCGCCGCCGGCGAUAGAGUGGGAGGGGCAGUGGGCGGGUCGGAGGACGAACAGUACGAAGAGGCCACGCCCCUCCAUGGUGAUAGACUCUUCCACGCGUUUAUAACCCGCUUGCAGGAUAAUCCUGGACAAAUAUUGAGGUAUUCCCGCGAAGUGCCACCAUUGCUUGGCGCGCCUCUGCCGAGUGCCGCCAACACGCCUGAAGGAGGUGCGGCCGCGGCGGCCACUGGACUCGCUCAGGUUGGCGGCACCUGCCCCCGCUGCGGCCGCGCGCGCGUCUGCGAGCUCCAACUGGUGCCAACUCUGGCACAUUCGCUGCGUCUGGCCGGAGCAUUCCCCGCGCCGUCUCACCUGCACUUCCUCUCAGUUUUAAUACUCACAUGCCCGCUCAGCUGCUGGCAACCCCGAGAUACACUCGUGCAAGAGGCCGUUGUGUUCCAACCGGAAGUCGUUUAAUUGGUGUUCGAAUUUUAAAUCCCACUUGUCAGGAAAUAAAUUAAUAACGGAUGGAAUAGUUUCAGAAUGAGAGAUUCCUGUUCGAAAACAAAACACUAGCGAUAGUGACGUACGUUGUAUCAGCGCUGGGCUCCUCUGUGCCAACUUACCUACACUUCCUCUCAGUCCUCAUACUAUCUUGUCCACUCAGUCAGUUGCUGGCAACCACGUGUUUAAAAAGGUGGUUCGAAUUUUAAAUUCGAUUAAAAGGAAACAAAUGAAUAGCUGAUAUUAAAUUGUUAUUUGUUCACUAAUUCCUGUUCAAAACAAAAUUAAACGAUAG